AUGGGCCUAGCGUUGUGCCAUGUGCUUCCGCGUGAUAUCGUGCUGCAGGGUGCCCUUCUCUUUCUUUUGGUAUCGUGCGUCCUUCAGGGUGUCGUGGUUGGAAACCACAGCAGCGAGACCGGUGCUGGCAGCGUCCACGCGCAAGAGCAGACGGCUGGCGUUGCAGGCGUGGUGUACGUCUCCUCUCACGCGACGUUAUACGCGGCGAAUGGCACGAAAGUGUGCGUCGCCGGGGAGAACGCGGAUCUCAUUACCGUGACAUGUGCGCGCUUUGUAGAGGAUUUUCACGCAGUCUCGGGGCUGCUCCUCUGCAGCUUCAUCGUGAGCCUGAUGGAGCUGUUGUUUAGUGCAUUCUGCCUAGUACCGCUGAGUAAGACGACCAGUCUUCUUAUUUUGGCAAUUCUGGUACAGCUUCUCAUUCCAACAAUGCUGCUUAGUGCUGCAAUCGGCAUGUUUUUCUCCCCGUGUGUGUACCACGCGCGAGACGUUGCGAGCAACAGCGUCUUUGGCGGGGCGGAGACGACAUUUAGUCGGGGACGCCUGGCAAACGUUGCGAUUGUAGCGGAGGCCUUCUUGAUUGCCGCCUUCCUCCUUGCGCUGUUCCGCUUUGUGAUGGCGGUUCUCUUCCGCCAGUCCGUGAAGCAGCGCGACAUCGGGCGGCGCGACAUUGGGCGGCUGAUGCAGCGCCAUCUCGUGAACGACGACUGGGAACGGCAAAAGAUGGUGCUACAGUCACACGCUCGAAGUGUGCAGCUAGAGAUGGUCAUCCGCGACAACAGCAUCACAGACGACAAUAGCAACAACAACACGGAGGAGGCGCAUGAAGGGAGGAGCGCCCCCCUCAGCAACACCAAUGCCUCAGUGCCAGUAAGCGGAAGCGGGGAGUUUGUGUUCCGCCCGUCGCGGGUGCCAUCUAUGAUUCUAGGCGACGCUUUGAGAGGCAUGGGGAGUCCGCAUGAGAAUACCGAGCCGUAUUCCACUGGGCGCCCGGCCCCAAGCUUUUGA